UAGUGGUCUAACAACAGACAAAGCGGUGCGGAUUCAGUACGAAGACAUUCGACUAAAGCAAAAUACAUUAUACCAAUGGGUCCAGACAGCCUCCCAAGACGAAGAGAGUGAAGAUAUGUCAGGAGGACGUGGCUCAGCAGACAUGGAUGACUUGCAGGACCUGCCUGAACUGCCGAUCAAGAAGGCAAGGCAUGAGCUCAACGUUGGACUGGACAAAGAGCCACAGGGAUUGGGUGGUGAUGACCAGAGCCCCCCUACUCUCUUGGGCUCAGGAGAUCAGGAUGACUCCUUCUCCUUGUCUAAUGCCCAGCUUGAUGGAGUGAGCAGGGACCAGUCUGGUCCAGACAGAGGAGGAGCGGGGCCUCAGGCUUGUGACGAGUCCAUGAACCCCUACACACACACUGCGGUGACCUGCAAAGAGCUUACCAUGACAACAGCCUCUGAAUAUAACUCCCACAUCUACCAUGGAAGCAGCCCAGCUGUCACGUCGUACAGCAGCCAGGUGGCCUUCCCUCCUCUGACCCAGUCCACUGUGUACACCGCCUUCCCCCAGGCAGGACAGACCUACGGCCUCCCACCAUUCGGUGCUAUGUGGCCAGGCGUUAAGACAGAGACAGGGCUGCCUGAUGCAGUGCCUUCUGUUGGCCAGCCUGGGUUUCUCAGCUUCAGCUCUGCAUAUACCUCAACCCAGCCAGGCCAGGUGCACUAUUCAUACCCCAGCCAAGGCUCCAGUUUCACUACAUCCAGUGUGUACACUAACAUCCCCUCAGCUACCACGGCUACACCUACAGUGACUCACCAGGAGUUCAGCAGCUAUAACUCUCUGGGCCAGGCCCAGUUCCCUCAGUACUACGCCCCGCCUCCUAGCUACGUGCUCGCCGGCCAGCCCAAUAGCGAAGGGAAUGGAUCCAGUGUGGGUGUGGCUGGCUAUCCAGCCAUCAAGACCGAGGGAAGUGCCUCCGCUGGACUGCCCAGCACUACAGACCCGUCUCCACGUGAAAACCUCCCGACCGGAGUGGCCCUCCCGACAGGGGUGGCUCUCCCCACGGGGGCCCGGGACCAGGAUGAGGCAGGGAGGAGGAACCCUGCUGGGAAGGCCAAGGGGAAGGCCAAGAAAUCAGACAGCAACCAGCCCACUGACAACGACCUUGAGAGAAUCUUUCUAUGGGAUCUGGAUGAAACCAUCAUCAUAUUCCACUCUCUACUCACCGGGUCCUUCGCUCAGAAGUUUGGCAAGGACCCUGCCACAGUACUGAACCUGGGUCUUCAGAUGGAGGAGCUGAUCUUUGAGCUGGCAGACACACACCUGUUCUUCAAUGACCUGGAGGAGUGUGACCAGGUCCAUGUUGAAGACAUGGUUUCUGAUGACAACGGACAGGAUCUGAGCACCUAUAACUUCCUGGCGGACGGCUUCAACGGCCCCAGUGGUGGAGGGGCCCCAGGGGCCACCACUGGAGUCCAGGGUGGAGUGGAGUGGAUGAGGAAACUGGCCUUCCGCUACCGCCGUCUAAAGGACAUCUAUAACGGAUACAAAGGGAACGUGGGAGGCCUGCUGAGUCCCAUGAAGAGGGAGCUACUCCUUCGACUGCAGUCUGAGAUGGAAAAUGUGACAGAUGCCUGGCUCAGCACGGCACUCAAAUCCUUGCUGCUCAUCCAGUCCAGGGGUAAGUGUAUGAAUGUCCUGGUGACGACCACCCAGCUAGUGCCUGCUCUGGCCAAGGUGCUGCUCUACGGCCUGGGGGACGUCUUCCCCAUAGAGAACAUUUACAGCGCCACCAAGAUAGGGAAAGAGAGCUGCUUUGAGCGCAUCGUCUCUCGCUUUGGGAAGAAGGUGACCUAUGUGGUGGUAGGAGACGGUCGUGAUGAGGAAUUUGCAGCAAAACAGCACAACAUGCCUUUCUGGCGUAUCUCCACCCACGGGGACCUAGUAUCCCUCCACCAAGCCCUGGAGCUAGACUUCUUGUAGAGCGGAAGAGAUAGAGGUCUGACAGAGGGAAACAGUCAGUCACCCCUCUGUUCGCUUGUGGAGUGACUUAUUAUUAUUAUUAUUAUUAGGUACUCAGCUCCACCCCAGCCCUCUGAAACACGCACACACACCUACACACACACACACACUCUUACACAACUGCUGGCCCUAGUGAGUCAAUCUUGCCCCAGUGUGAUGGCCAUGGACUGAACUGAGGUGGACUUUGGGAUGGUAGUGGUUGGGAAGUAGACUGGACAGACAUACUCUCUGAUGCAGGGCUACCGCCCAGCAUCACUCUCCCUAUGGCAGCUAUCCUAGCACUGGGGCACAACAGUCAGACAGACAGGACACGACUAAACGGAAGAAGGCAAACCUCUCGCUCUCUGGCUCCACAACCCACAGGCUGUUGUUCCUCUGGCUUCAUCCCAAAUGGCACCCUAUUCCCUAUGUAGUGCACUACUUUUGACCAAGUCGUGGGAAAAAAUAGUGACUAUACGGAAAAGGGUGCCAUUUGGGACGUACACGCUCUCAUUCGUGGAUUGACCAAAGCAAAGGUCUGCAGCACUGUCAGGCAUCACGGACGGACGCUUUGGGUUGUUUUAGAGCCCUCAGUUUCUCUUUCUGGAGGGUAGCUAUACAUGUAUCAAUGCUAUAUCUUUUUUUUUUAAAGGUUGUUUUGCACUCAUUCCAAAGCUUAAACAGAAGUCAAUGUUACUGAGGCAGCAUUGAUAGGGGUCGGUCAUUGUUGUAUUUUUUCUAAGUAUAUGAUGAGAUAGCUACUUAGGAAUGACCUUCAAUUGUCUUCUGGAUAUAACCUUUCUACUAGUUAUACUCUAGUACUGACAAUGUCCUCCAUGGAGAUAGAAUGGUGGACUCAUUAUAAAACCACCCUUCUCUCAGCUGUCCCGACCUCUCCACUGUGUCAGACUUCAACAGCCUAACAGUCUUCGGUGGUCUUUUUACAUAAACUGAUGUGUGGUCAGACAAUGACUCAAUGAAGAACCUAACCUGUAUUUCACUGCAUGAUAUCUAUGGACCCCAGGUUGCUGUAUAUUAUUACCUAAGAUAAGCCAAACCAGGCCUUUCUGUAAAUUAACUUUAAAAGACCAAGAAUGGGCCUUUGAAACAAUGUGUAAUUUCUUCAGUAUUGUGCUGAAGUUCAAUGUUUGUACAUGUAUACAUAACCUUUAGAAGAAGCUGGGCUAACUGUUCCUCAGAGCACAGCCCUAAGUGUCCUUGAAUUCCUGCAAAGAGAUUUAAACUUGACAAAGAGCAUUUAAAAGCAGUUCACUGAAAGGGAUGGCAAAUCGCACAAUCCAAUCACAUGUUGUAUAAGAUACAGUGCAAUUGUUAUCUGUUAUUGUUAAAUACUGGAAAUGCUGUUAGACCAAGUCACAGGAGGUCCUGAUUACCUCACAACAUGACAGAUAUUUUCCAUCACAAAGAUCAACUGCUUGUGUCAUGGAUAAAUGAAAAUGGGUGUAGGUCUCCAUUGUAGAAUCAAUCUGUAGUUGAUUUGCAUGGUGUGGGUCACACCCAACCUCAAAACCCCAGAUACCAUUAUUUCAAUGUGGUGGUUAAUUCACCAAAAAUAUUUGUGUGUUGAUUUAUUUCCCAAGAGUGAUGUCGCAGUUUCCAAAUACUUCACAUUUUACUAUAGUCAUAUUUGAAUAGAGAAACAGCGGCAUACAAAGAUAUUUCCCAAGUUGGUAAUUCAUCAGGUGAACUAGCUGGGGAAUCCCCUCUAAAUUUGCUAUUGAUUUGUGCAGGACCGAUGCCCAAAAAAUAUACCGCCGCAGUCUGUUUGCAGUGUAGUCAGUCGGUCUACCCUCGUCAUUAUACAUAUUAGGAAAAACCAGGGAUGACUGUGCAAUACAUUUCUGGUCAGUGGUAAUGUUAUGCCUGUUUAUUAACUGGUCUAUAGUUCAAGGGACAUUUUGUUGCCGCAUGUAGCUAGCUGGUCAAGAGAGGUGGUUAGAGGGUUGAUAUAAUUAAUCCCUGGUCCGUGUGAGAUUACGACUAAACAAUACUGAGCCUGAAGAAGAUUAGGCAUUUUUACACACCUGCAGCUUGACCGUUAAGAAUGUGUUCUUUGUGUAUUUGUUUGCGUCAUUCUUGAGUGUCUUGUACAUAUUUAUAUUGUGCCUUUUUAACCAUCUAUAUUGUAUAUGAAUAUAUCAUCUCUAAGGGAAAUACUUAAGAUGUGUUAAAUGCAUUAUCAAACAUGGUUGUUACACUUUAGUUUAAGUGUUUCUUAUUUUAUUACUCAUACCUUUUUUUUAACCAUUAAUCGGUGCCGAAAUAUUUUAUUUGUAACUAUCAGUAACGCUGAAAAGCUUACUGUAUGUGAAUAAUGUAUUUUUUCCUUUUCACAAAGUUUUUAUUUUCUUGUUUUGAUUGUCUUGCCGGUGACAUGUUACAGAGGAAAUUCUCUCCUUUAAUGACGAUUCGCAGCUUUGUUCACCCAGUCGUAGCAUCCUUCCCCUUGUUGAAAACAGAAUCCCAAUACUGUCACCUGUUAAAUAUUAUUUUAGCAUUUAUGAGUCGCUGUGACUGGCUUUUACUGCUUAGACAAUCAAAUCUGUAUCACAUGGUACUUUGAAUGGUGCCCAGAUCCACCUCCUAUGGUGAAGCAUGUAUAUAGAUUUGCAGUAUGUUUGGUGUAUGUUCGCCUGAAACGGUACAUGUUACUACCUAAUGGGAGUUAAGAGGAAAUGGAUGCAUUGUAAAAUUAUGUAUUAGAUCCUUUGGAAUGGCAUUUUGUGAAGUUGACACAGACAUUUGGAAAUCAACAUACCCCAACCAAAAUCCCUUUGUGGCUGAUUUUUCAUUGUGAACUGAUCAUUAGAUCAUCUUUAGUUUUGUUUGUCUUUCACCCUUGGGUUGGUAUGAUUUUAGUUUGUUUGUCAUGGUAGGUGUUUACGGUGCAUGUAUUUAUAUCAGUGAUUUCAACAGUACUUUGUUGCUAACAAAAUGUAUGAAUAUGUAAGAGUUUUUUUUUUUUACUUAUUUGCUGGGGCUGGGUCUGCUUUUUGCAUUUCCUUUGGAUUUGUGUUAAAGGCCAAGAACUAUAUACCAUUUUAUAAACUAACAAACCGUUUGUUGAAGUGCAUUUUGACCAGUCUCUGUUGGCUGUCAUGUAGAGUUAUUUUCUAGUAACAUUUCAACUGUCGAAUGCAAGGUAGAGCUAUGAAGGCACAGCUUUGUAGGGACAUAUCUGGCUCAACUUGAUCAUGUUAUUUCUUGAAUACUCAGCUAUUGUGACUAUCUUAUGUAGGGAGAAAAAAAAAAGCCUAGACAAUAAAACAUGUAAGGACUUUUUUGUAUGGGACUGGAACACUGUUGAAGGCCCAAUAAGGUUGUCCUGUGUAUAAUAAGAACAUGCAAGGCAAUGUAAAUACAAAUAAAAUAACUUUGAAAGUG